CCGUCACCAUCAGUAGCACAUUCGCCUUCGUGCAACCUAGAAAACUUAAACACCAGCAAACCCUAGUUCUCAUCGUCGUCUUCAUUCUCCCCGAAACCAUAUACCAUUUCCGCUCCAAAAUGCCCUUCUAACCCUAAACUAUAUCUCUGCACUCUCAUUUCACACCUAAAUCCCUAUUUUUCCUCUAUCAACGCAUAAUUCUCUCACUUCACAACAAUGUCAAACGACGGCACAUCAUCACCACUGGAUCGGCACGUUGACCCAACUCCACCUCCUAUAUCUCAACCAACAACCGGGAAUGCGUCUGAUGGGUCCGUAUUACCUCACUCCAAUGGCAACGGUACUGAUGAUAACGGUGGACAGCAAAAUGGGGUCGUGGUACCGUCCUAUACAACAACCAGGUUGAGGCUCAACCCCAAUGCGGAUCACAAGCCCGAUAGCUAUGAGAACCUGGAUUUGGAUUUUAGCCCAUUUCUCUUCAGCUCAUUGGAGAGGUACCUUCCAUCCAACCUCCUCUCCCUGUCUCGUGAUGUGAAGGUCACGUACAUGCGUGAUGUCCUCCUCCGAUACUCCCCUGAAAGUGAACGCGUCCGGUUCCAGAAGCAUAGAGAAUACAGGCAAAAGAUUAUAUCCAACUAUCAGCGCUUACAUAUGGAGCUUUACACCAUGCAUGCUACAACCUUCUUUGUUCCUUCUUUUCUGAAGGCAAUCAAUGAGAACACUGAACAGGGUUUUAGAAAUAUAAUGUCUGAACCCACUCCAGGAAUUUUUACAUUUGAAAUGCUCCAACCACAUUUCUGCGAAAUGUUGUUGGCUGAGGUAGAAAAUUUUGAGAAGUGGGUCCAUGAGACAAAAUUCAGAAUCAUGAGACCUAAUACAAUGAAUAAGUAUGGUGCCGUUCUUGAUGAUUUUGGUAUGGAAACCAUGCUUGAUAAGUUCAUGGAAGAAUUCAUACGCCCUAUAUCGAAGGUUUUCUUUCCUGAAGUUGGUGGGUCAACACUUGAUGCUCAUCAUGGUUUUGUGGUUGAAUAUGGAAUGGAUAGAGAUUUGGACCUAGGUUUCCAUGUGGAUGACUCGGAAGUCACCUUGAAUGUCUGCCUAGGGAAGCAAUUUUCUGGCGGUGAACUAUUCUUCCGUGGUGUGCGGUGCGAGAAACAUGUAAAUACCGAAACUCAGUCGGAGGAGAUCUUCGACUAUCCUCACCUCCCAGGACGAGCAGUUCUUCAUCGCGGUCGCCAUCGGCAUGGUGCUAGAGCCACCACAUCUGGAAAUAGGAUAAACUUAUUGCUUUGGUGCAAAAGUUCUGUAUUCAGAGAGCUGAGGAAAUAUCAAAAAGAAUUCCCCAGCUGGUGUGCAGAGUGCCAACGCGAGAAGAAAGAAAGGCAGCACCAAUCUGUUACUGCUGCCAAACUGGAACUGCUGAGAAGAGGAGAAACUGCUGCUUGGGCUAUUCUGUUUGUUUCUGCUUUUCUUAAGCUGUAAUAUAUCUCGACUCUCAUCCUUGGUGACACGACCUUCUCCAUUUUGCGUAGUAUGUGAAGAUUGAAGGUUGUUGACUGUUUCUUGUGUUUCACUAUAUUUGUACAUCCAAGUCGAGUAGGUGAAAAGUAAUCUGAAUUGAUCAGCUGACUUGAACAUGAGUUAAGAUCCAGUAGUGGCGUAAUCAUUCAGUAUAGAUAUUUAUCCAGUACUUGUAUAAUGUUGCUCCUUGCAGAGAAAAAGCUGUUUUCUCAUCUCUUUACUUGAGCCUUUGUAGUUGGAUUACUUAUUUUCAAUGACUGAAGCAGUAUUUGCACAAAUUUUGAAUGAUAUUUUACUCUGAACAUUUCGUUA